AUGGCGGCAGCGCAGGGAUACGGCGGCGGUGGCGGCGGCGGCGGCGGAGGUGGUGGCGGCGGGGGGCGGUUCAUCCCCAUCGUGAAGGACGACCGCACGCAGAACGCCUACGGCGAGAACACCUUCGAGUUCGAGGCCGCCAACGGCAUCGUCCGCUACGAGUCCGGAAAAGAAGACAACGGACACGUGCAGGAGGGAGGCUGGAGGUACCAGGCGCCGGAGGGCAUCCCUGUGGAGAUCACCUUCGUGGCCGACCAGGGGGGGUACCAGCCCCAAGGGGCCCUGCUCCCCGUGGCCCCGCCUCUUCCCUACCAGAGGACGCAGUCCUUCGGAGGAGCAGCAGGAGGCGGCGGAGGAGGAGGAUAUGCGUGA